AUGCGACUUCAUGAUAUCAAUCUGUCCACCAACCCGAACCUACAUCAGAAGAGCCACAAUUCAAGUCUUCCGGUCGAAAUUCUGCAUCAAAUACUCUACACCUCAGAUAUCGCCACAUUGACGACUCUGUCCACAGUGAAUCGAACGUUUCAAGCAGUCUCAGAACAGGUUCUCUACCGUAACAUCAAGAUCUUGCCAACUCAAAAGACUAUUCGCUGUCUUCAGACUCUCGCUGCCCGACCUUCCUUAGCAGGUCUGAUUCGCUCAUACGAAAUUGAUGAUAUCACAAAGGAAGGGGAUGCUCUACCAGCAUUCUACAAGUUGCUCUCUCGAGCCUUACACAACAUGACCCGUCUCACAGACUUGACGAUCCUCAUUGAAGGACGCCAUUCUGACAUCCUCUUCGGAUGUCCUUUCAAUUUACGAACGUUAACGUCCUCGCUCUCAUGGGAUACUAACUUCACCAAGUGGAUGCUAGAGCAACCCGAUAUCACUAAUGCCAUAUUCUGCGGCCGCUAUGUCGUCGGGUGCGCCCUCGAACCAACAGCGAUCACAAAGCUCACUCGCAUAUCUGCGUCUCCCCUCAUAUUAGCCGCCGUUGUCCCAGGACGUCCGCUAGAAGAAGUAGAAGUAUGCCUCGUUCACCCUGGGCUUUUCAACCAGAACCUCCUUUCGACCACUAUGAAGAUACUGUCAUUUUCCACCGGGCCUUUGCACAGUUUGCGGGUCAUCACUAACCUUGGAAACUCAUCCCAGAACAUCUUGGGUGCUCUUCGCACGGUUUCCACUACUUUAUCUACAUUAGAUUCGUUCUUUCUGCAUGCUGUCUCCGGCUCAAUCACAAGCGAAAUUCUGGCUGGUUUUGAAGAGGUCGUUUCAAGUUUUCGAUCCUUGAGUGCCAUCACCAUACUGUCCAAGGAUACCGAAGAUGCUUUGCAUGACAUGUCCACGAUCUCCGGUCUCGCCGUGAAGUGGCGUGGUGCAUGCAAGACGCUCCGGCGUGUUUCGUUUCCGAAUGGAACAUGGGUACACAAUCAACGUUAUGGAUGGCUCACGCUCAAUGACAUGGAACGCCUUUUGAUGGAGCGAGAAAAGGCGCUGCAAGAGCGCGAGGCGAAAGAGCGUGCGUUGUACGAGGAGCAGAGGGCGCUCGAGGACCAAGGGAGAAGAUUGGAAACACAGAUACGAAGCAUUGGGGUCGAUAGAGAUGCUCUUUAA